AUGGGAUUCGGCACCACAAUCAGCCUUGGCCUUGUCGCUCUGAUCGCCUUUUUGGCUGGUCCCAUCCUCCAUCUCGUGCAGGUUGCGGGAGUCUUCCUUACUCUCAAUCCGACGGUGCUUGGUGAAGGCCAAGGCCCAAUCCAGAUCGAAGACACCAUCCACUGUGAGGACGUGCAUCACUAUCUCCCCGCGAAUCUGCUUUUCACUGCCUGCGAGGACGACAAGAGCACACGAUUUAGCUGGUUCCCGCCAUUAGGCCACAUGCUGCCACGCACAACCCAGGGUUCUAUCCAUGUUGUAGAUCCCAAGACUAUGAAAUCAACCCGUCUGGCAUUCGAAAACUUCCAAGGUCCCUUCUCGACACAUGGAAUCGAUGUCAUUGAGGAUCUUGAGCAGGCAGACGCUGUCUAUGUCUACGCUGUCAACCACCUACCAAAUGCGGCAUACUCUGAAGCCGGCGAGCCCAAAGCUGGAUCUCAGAUCGAGCUCUUCCACCACAUCCUGAACUCCAAUUCCAUCAGACACGUACGCUCAAUCAAUCACCCACUCAUUAAAACCCCAAAUGACAUCUACGCGAUCAGUCCCAUAUCCUUCUACGUCACCAAUGACCACUUCUACCGCGAAGGUCCCAUGCGGCUCAUCGAAGAUUUCUGGCGCUCGGCCAAGUGGUCCAAUAUCAUCCAUGUGCAGAUCGCCGAUCUAGCAAGCAAAGAUGCCCCCAUCGAAGCCUCCGUCGCGCUCACGGGUCUAUGGAACAACAAUGGUCUCGGUCAUGGUCGCACCGACAAGGAAAUCAUCAUUUGCAGCGCCAUGGGUGGUGAAAUGUUCCUUGCAACCCAACACGAGUCCAACCAUUCGAUCUCUGUCGAUACCUCGGUCUCCUUUAAUUCACUCGCGGAUAACCCGUCCUACUACCACGACCCAUAUCGCACCGACUCGCAUGAUGCGAGUGGAUUCCUUGUCGCCGGCGUCUCACAGGUUAUUCGCUUAACGGCAAAUUCCAGAAAUCCGGAUGCCUUGGAUCCUAUCCAGGUGUGGCACACUGCUCUCAAUUCGCGCACUGGUGUCUGGGAGAAGAAGCUGCUGUUUGAGGAUGAUGGGUCCAGGAUUCGGACUGCGAGUGCGGCUGUUUUAGUACCCAUUGAGCCCAAGGUUGGUGGUGAGAAACUUGCCUGGCUGUUUGUAACUGGGUUCAUGUCGGAGAGCAUGGUGGCUGUACAGGUUGAGCUGUAA